CUGAUGACAAACGAUGACGCCUCUUCCCUGAGUGCCAGGGAGUUAGAGCCACGACUAACCAAUCAGUGCAAGGGAAGGGGCGUGUUUUUAACAUUGGGGUGUGGUUUAUUAUUUCCAGUACAACGUCCAGUCUGUCUUAUCGCGUGAGCAAGUGGGCUACCACUGUCAGAUAAUUGCAGGUUGUGUAUUUUAUUUCAUCAUUACGAAUGCUGAGAAUAUUUGUAAUAUUUACAUCAGAAAGUGUUUGCAUAAGAUAAUACACAUUACAAAGCUGGGCGGGCGCCUGUCUUUACGCGGUGAAAAGUAGGCCAACAACAAGGUGGGAAAUGUCCGGAGAAGCUGUCGUCGUCACACUGGAAACAGACGCUGGGGCUCCCACUUCUUUCCCGGUUGUUCUGAAGAAAAUAAUGGAAAUGCCUCCGCCGAAUAUACUGGACGGCGAUGAGGACACUGAGAAGGAGAAGCUGUGUUUGGAUGGUGAUGCCGAUCUGGGCGGAGGAGUCAGCGGGAUGGGCCCGUCGGCUGCCCUCACCCCUGCUAUCUGGGACAAGACCAUCCCUUAUGACGGCGAGAACUUCCACUUGGAGUACAUGGACCUCGAGGAGUUCCUAAUGGAGAACGGCAUUCCUACUUCACCGGAAGAAGAUGAGGAGGAGCUGGACAAGUGUGAUGAAGAGGUGGUGAUCAUCACUAACUGUGAGACGGACAUCACGUGUGAUGUUACGGCAGAUGAAGAAGCAGAGAGCGUGACCCCAGAUCCCAUCAACCCAGACGAAAUAGAGGUUGAUGUCAACUACGAGCCAGACCCCACCGACCUGGUCUUGUCAAGUGUACCGGGGGGCGAACUCUUCAACCCCCGCAAACACAAGUUCAGCGAAGAAGAGCUCAAGCCCCAGCCUAUGAUUAAGAAGGCGAAGAAGGUGUUUGUUCCCGAAGAGCAGAAGGAUGAGAAGUACUGGCAGAGGCGAAAGAAAAACAACGUGGCAGCCAAGCGCUCACGUGAUGCCCGCAGGCUAAAGGAGAACCAGAUCACAGUGCGAGCGGCGUUCCUGGAGCGGGAGAACUCGGCGCUGCGGACAGAGGUGGCAGACCUGCGGAAGGAGUGCGGCCACUUCAAGACGAUCGUGGGUCACUAUGAAGCCAAAUUUGGAAAAUUUGCGGUGCCAGAAGACCUUUAGACCAUAUUUGAUUUAUUUUUCUAACAUGUGAAUAAAUAAAUCAAACAUUGAGCUUUGGCGGGGGGGGGGGAUUGAAUGGAUCGGAUGUGGAAGAAGAGGAGCAGCAGGAGCGUGUGUGUGCAAUGCCAUGCAAUGCAACCUGAUACAAGAUACUUUUCAAGCUUUUUUUUAAGCAUCCAUGUGAGUGAAUGAGAGGAUAAGUCAAAUUAUAUUCAAGUGCAUUGCCUUGGUGUUGUGUAUUUACACCUAACUAACCAUUUUCAUUUUGGUGGCAUUUAUGGGCUCAUUAUAUACUUUCAAGGGACACUUAUGUAGCGAUUGCAAUAGUGUAACUAUAUGGUGUUGAAGUAGCUUUGGGCGACUUCUCGUUCUUUCCAUCUUUUUAAAGAAGAAUUGUACUUUUUUUUUUCUCCAUUCAUAGCAAAAUACUGUGAGAUUUCUUCAGGGGAUUAGUGACUCUACUCUGGCCUUCCCGCUUCAGUUUUGUGUAUCUGCCGCACUUGUGAUGCGUCUCUGCAUGGCAGCUCCUACUUCAAAUUGUCUGCGACACUUCUCAUAAGUUGUCGAAACUCCUGUCAAUGCAUGUCAGUGUGAAUAGUCGUGUACUCUUACAACCCCAGUACACGUUGUUACACUCGCAGUGCAAGGACAAAACUCAGAGAAAGCAUCUUUUGCAUUUGGUUAUAAAGCUGCAGGGAACUCCUGCCUGAGUGCACAAUUAAACCAAGUUAUAUUUGAUUCUUAACUUAUUUGGAUCCUCUUUGGGAUUUAUUGUCUUGUCUAUCAUUUCACAAUCAAUUAAGUGUUAUACAGGUCCUUCUCAAAAAAUUUGCAUAUUGUGAUAAAGUUCAUUAUUUUCUGUAAUGUACUGAUAAACAUUAGACUUUCAUAUAUUUUAGAUUCAUUACACACAACUGAAGUAGUUCAGGCCUUUUAUUGUGUUAAUAUUGAUGAUUUUGGCAAAAAAAAGUAAAGAAAAACCAAAAAUCCCUAUCUCAAAAAAUUAGCAUAUUUUAUCCGACCAAUAAAAGAAAAGUGUUUUUAAUACAAAAAAAAGUCAACCUUCAAAUAAUUAUGUUCAGUUAUGUACUCAAUACUUGGUCGGGAAUCCUUUUGCAGAAAUGACUGCUUCAGUGCGGCGUGGCAUGGAGGCAAUGGUAAACCAUUCACCAGUGGUUUUGGCACUGUGAGCAGGUGCCAGGUCGUGAAAAAUGAAAUCUUCAUCUCCAUAAAGCUUUUCAGCAGAUGGAAGCAUGAAGUGCUCCAAAAUCUCCUGAUAGCUAGUUGCAUUGACCCUGCCCUUGAUAAAACAUAGUGGACCAACACCAGCAGCUGACAUGGCACCCCAGACCAUCACUGACUGUGGGUACUUGACACUGGACUUCAGGCAUUUUGGCUUUUCCUUCUCCCCAGUCUUCCUCCAGACUCAGGCACCUUGAUUUCCGAAUGACAUGCAAAAUUUGCUUUCAUUCGAAAAAAGUACUUUGGACCACUGAGCAACAGUCCAGUGCUGCUUCUCUGUAGCCCAGGUCAGGCGCUUCUGUCACUGUUUUUGGUUCAAAAGUGACUUGACCUGGGGAAUGUGGCACCUGUAGCCCAUUUCCAGCACACGCCUGUGCAUGGUGGCUCUGGAUGUUUCUACUCCAGACUCAGUCCACUGCUUCCGCAGGUCCCCCAAGGUCUGGAAUCAGCCCUUCUCCACAAUAUGCCUCAGGGUCCGGUCACCUCUUCUGGUUGUGCAGCGUUUUCUGCCACACUUUUUCCUUCCCACAGACUUCCCACUGAGGUGCCUUGAUACAGCACUCUGAGAACAGCCUAUUUGCUCAGAAAUUUCUUUGUGUCUUACUCUCUUGCUUGGUGGUGUCAGUGAUGGCCUUCUGGACAGCAGUCAGGUCGGCAGUCUUAUCCAUGAUUGCGGUUUUGAGUAAUCAACCAGGCUGGGAGUUUUUAAAAGCCUCAGGAAUCUUUUGCAGGUGUUUAGAGUUCAUUCGUUGAUUCAGAUGAUUAGGUUAAUAGCUCGUUUAGAGUACCUUUUCAUGAUAUGCUAAUUUUUUGAGAUAGGGAUUUUUGGUUUUUCUUUACUUUUUUGCCAAAAUUAUCAAUAUUAAAACAAUAAAAGGCCUGAACUACUUCAGUUGCGUGUAAUGAAUCUAAAAUAUAUGAAAGUCUAAUGUUUAUCAGUACAUUACAGAAAAUAAUGAACUUUAUCACAAUAUGCUAAUUUUUUUAGAAGGACCUGUAUUUCCCACUUCAAUGGUUCCUUCCAUUUUUUUUUAUUAAGCUAUCUGUUUUAAGUUUUUGUUACAUAUUAAAUAGAUCAGCUCUUGGUAGUUAUCAAUGAAUAUGAAAUGUUAUAAGGUGUGUCUCUGGGAUUUUGUAGAAUUAUGACAUACCUCUAUAUGUCAAAUACAUCCAACCUUAUUCAUUUCCAGCAAAAUGCACCGUUAACUAUAGAGUCCAUAAGUAUCACAUUGAAACGGUGUGUAAUAUCAGGUUGAUAUGAAUAAUGGGCUUCCUGACUUGUUCAAGUAGUUCCAAUGCAAUCCAGAUUGUAUCUCUGCCUUCUUUCCAAAACAGCUCAAGUUUUGAGGGUGUUCCAUCAUAGUUCUGUCUUUGUAUAGUUGAGUGUGGUUACCUUCAUGUUCAUACAUUGUGUAUAAAUAAAGCCUUGAGAAACUCUU